AGUUGCCUCUCCGAUCUGUAGCCACGCCCUCAUCGAAAGGCUCUAAUGAGCUAUUUACAAGCUCUUGACGAGGUGGGCUAUGCUGAUUUGUCGCCGGUGGAUAGUAACCAAGGCACAACUCUAUUGUGGCUCCCCACGCCGGUGAAUCCCAAAAUAGACCAAAGCAUUAAUAUCCCUCACCUUUGAUCUCCCCCCCGGACCAUUGUCCUCUUCUGCACUCUACCCAACGCAAGCAUCAUGUCCGCUCCGCCUACAUACCAAGCAGCUACGAGUGACUGGUCAGGGCCAUUCGAUGAUGACUCUGCAGCUCAACAGAACCUUCAGCCUCAACAGACUCAUCAGGUCUCCCGCGCGGUCACUGCAGCGAGCAUGAUGAAUCGGAAUGAUGAGAGACGUCCCUUACCUGCAGGUUGGGUUAGAUGCUACGAUCCGUCGAGUGAGCAUGUGUUCUAUGUUGAAGAAUCGACCAGACGAUCCAUCUGGGUUCACCCAUACGAUGAUCCGGCCUUUUUGGCCUCUCUCCCAGAUGAUGAUCCCACAAAUCCAAACGGAUCAGCAGCUCGACAGGCUCGUGAACAGGCAGAACAGGAGAGAAGAACGGAAGAGCGUCUUAGGGCCAAAGCGAGAGAAGCGGAUGGACCAGUCUAUUCAUCUCAGCCGGCGCCGGCGCCGUCGCCACCACCACCCCCUUCAUUAAACCGUAUGGGAAGCAGUGGCUUUGGUCCCGCUUCAUCGACAUCGUCUUUCGGUCCAGCUGGAUUUGGAGCACCCAAUCAACCGCAGCACGGGCACAAGAGCUGGCUUCAGAAGAAGAAGGACAAGCUAUCGGUUUCCAAGGACGAACGUCAGCGGAUGAAAGAACAGCAGAAGGAGGCGGAUAUAGAUAACCAAAUUGCAAGGACUCAGCAACAGCAAGACAUGUCAGACAGGGUCGGAAACAACGGCAUGCCGAAUGGUCAACCUAUGGUCAUGGGCCCUGGCGCCAUAGGUUCAGCCCGAUAUUCCUCCGUCUAUAGGCCCAUGCCAGUCAACUACGGUAUGGGAAUGAUUGGCUCGGCCGCUCCUUUCUCCACACCCUUCUGAGCCGCAUGCGAGGCCGACGUUGCAGUGGUGAAAGAGACAGUAUCGAGUCAGAAGCUGUUUGCAGAACAAGGCGUCCGUUUGUCGUAUUUCCAUAUGGGUCCCUCCGUCGUUGUAUGUAUCUGAGGUCACAUAUCG